UGGGGCGGCUCCGUCGGGUCCUCGUGUAGGAUGUCAUUGAAGACGCCGACGCCGGCCGCCGGCGAGCGCGAGACCUGGGGCAAGAAAGUCGACUUCCUGCUCUCCGUCAUCGGCUUCGCCGUCGACUUGGCCAACGUGUGGCGCUUCCCCUACCUCUGCUACAAGAAUGGAGGGGGAGCGUUCCUGGUGCCGUACUGCAUCAUGCUGGUGGUGGGCGGUAUCCCGCUGUUCUACAUGGAACUGGCACUGGGACAGUUCCACCGGAAGGGCGCCAUCACCUGUUGGGGCCGCCUGGUGCCGCUCUUCAAAGGCAUCGGCUACGCAGUGGUGCUGAUCGCGUUCUACGUGGACUUCUACUACAACGUGAUCAUUGCGUGGGCGCUGCGGUUCUUCUUCGCCUCCUUCACCACCAUGCUGCCCUGGACCAACUGUGACAACGAGUGGAACACGCCGGCUUGUAAACCGUUCUCGGCGUUCCUCCAUCAGACGAACACCAACCAAUCCCGCACACACAACUCCACAAUGGCGGCCGCGGCAACAACCCCCUUCACUUCCGCCGCUUCCGAAUACUUCAACCGAGCUAUAUUGGAGCUUCAAGGCAGCGAAGGUCUGCACGACCUGGGCGCUAUCAAGUGGGACAUGGCUCUGUGCUUGCUGGCGGUCUACAUCAUCUGCUACUUCUCGCUCUGGAAGGGCAUCAGCACUUCUGGCAAGGUGGUUUGGUUCACGGCUCUCUUUCCAUACGCGGUACUGCUUAUUCUGCUGGUACGCGGCAUCACUCUUCCAGGCUCGGCGGACGGCAUCCGAUAUUACCUCAGUCCCAACUUCGAGGCUAUCACACAACCUCAGGUAUGGGUGGACGCGGCGACUCAAGUAUUCUUCUCUCUUGGACCUGGUUUCGGUGUGCUCCUGGCAUAUGCUUCAUACAAUAAGUACCAUAACAACGUGUAUAAAGACGCCAUCCUAACAAGCGUGAUCAACUCCGCUACAUCGUUCAUCGCUGGUUUCGUCAUAUUCAGCGUUCUGGGCUACAUGGCGAACGUUUCUGGUCGGCAUAUUGAAGACGUAGCGACAGAGGGUCCGGGGCUAGUGUUCGUGGUGUACCCGGCCGCUAUAGCGACUAUGCCGGGGUCGACGUUCUGGGCGCUCAUAUUUUUUAUGAUGCUACUGACGCUUGGACUGGAUAGUUCCUUCGGCGGUUCCGAGGCCAUAAUAACAGCGCUAAGCGACGAGUUCCCACCGAUCGGGCGGCACCGCGAGAUCUUCGUGGCCUGUCUCUUCACGCUGUACUUCUUCGUGGGUCUGGCGUCGUGCACCAAGGGCGGCUUCUACUUCUUCCAACUUCUCGACCGGUAUGCGGCCGGCUACUCCAUUCUGGUGGCCGUGUUCUUUGAGGCGAUCGCUGUUUCUUGGAUUUAUGGCACUGAGCGUUUUUGCGAAGACAUCCGCGACAUGAUCGGCUUCCGACCGGGCCUCUACUGGCGCGUCUGCUGGCGCUUCGCGGCCCCAGCCUUCCUUCUCUUCAUCACCGUAUACGGACUUCUGGACUACGAACCGCUGCAAUAUGAGGGCUACGUGUACCCCGGCUGGGCUAAUGCGCUUGGAUGGGCUAUAGCUGGCUCGAGCGUUUUGUGCAUACCCACCGUGGCGAUAUUUAAAAUCCUCACCACUAAGGGCAGCUUUGUGGAGCGCAUACGCAUCCUGACCACGCCCUACGCGGACACGGAAGCGCGUCGCAGCGCUACCAACGGUAUGGUGGUCUCCGAGAGUGGUGGCGUGAGGCUCGCGUCCGCCGCGCCCUCGCCCAGCACACCGCCAGCCACCACCCCGACAACACCGGGCCUGGCCGCAGGCCCCGCGCUCGUCUGAGCGCAGCUCUCCUUCGACAUCUACUAUGUGUAGUCCGCUUAGCCUCUUUUAUAAGUUGAGCACAUUAUAGCA